AAUUAGCCGGGCAUGGCGGUGCACACCUGUAGUCCCAGCUACUCUGGAGGCCGAGGCAGGAGAAUUGCUUGCACCCGGGAGGCAGAGGCCGCAAUGAGCUGAGAUCGUGCUAUUGCACUCCAGCCUGGGUGACAGAGCAAGUCUCCGUCUCAAAAAAAAAAAAAAAACAAUAACAAUAACAACAAAAAACAGAGAAAAUUCAGACUUGGACUUGUACAGAGGGAAGGCCAUGUGAAGACAGAGGAGGAGAUGGCCAUCUACACACAGAGGCAGACCUCAGAAGAAACCAACUCUGCUGACACUUAGAUCUACCUCCAGCCUCUAGAACUAUGAAGUUGGAGCCCUUGUUUUUGACAUUGGAUCCUAUACUGUGAGAGCUGGUUAUGCUGGUGAGGACUGCCCCAAGGUGGAUUUUCCUACAGCUAUUGGUAUGAUGGUAGAAAGAGACGACGGAAGCACAUUAAUGGAAAUAGAUGGCGAUAAAGGCAAACAAGGCGGUCCCACCUACUACAUAGAUACUAAUGCUCUGCGUGUUCCGAGGGAGAAUAUGGAGGCCAUUUCACCUUUAAAAAAUGGGAUGGUUGAAGACUGGGAUAGUUUCCAGGCUAUUUUGGAUCAUACCUACAAAAUGCAUGUCAAAUCAGAAGCCAGUCUCCAUCCUGUUCUCAUGUCAGAGGCACCGUGGAAUACUAGAGCAAAGAGAGAGAAACUGACAGAGUUAAUGUUUGAACACUACAACAUCCCUGCAUUCUUCCUUUGCAAAACUGCAGUUUUGACAGCAUUUGCUAAUGGUCGUUCUACUGGGCUGAUUUUGGACAGUGGAGCCACUCAUACCACUGCAAUUCCAGUCCACGAUGGCUAUGUCCUUCAACAAGGCAUUGUGAAAUCCCCUCUUGCUGGAGACUUUAUUACUAUGCAAUGCAGAGAACUCUUCCAAGAAAUGAAUAUUGAAUUGGUUCCUCCAUAUAUGAUUGCAUCAAAAGAAGCUGUUCGUGAAGGAUCUCCAGCAAACUGGAAAAGAAAAGAGAAGUUGCCUCAGGUUACGAGGUCUUGGCACAAUUAUAUGUGUAAUUGUGUUAUCCAGGAUUUUCAAGCUUCGGUACUUCAAGUGUCAGAUUCAACUUAUGAUGAACAAGUGGCUGCACAGAUGCCAACUGUUCAUUAUGAAUUCCCCAAUGGCUACAAUUGUGAUUUUGGUGCAGAGCGGCUAAAGAUUCCAGAAGGAUUAUUUGACCCUUCCAAUGUAAAGGGGUUAUCAGGAAACACAAUGUUAGGAGUCAGUCAUGUUGUCACCACAAGUGUUGGGAUGUGUGAUAUUGAUAUCAGACCAGGUCUCUAUGGCAGUGUAAUAGUGGCAGGAGGAAACACACUAAUACAGAGUUUUACUGACAGGUUGAAUAGAGAGCUGUCUCAGAAAACUCCUCCAAGCAUGCGGUUGAAAUUGAUUGCAAAUAAUACAACAGUGGAACGGAGGUUUAGCUCAUGGAUUGGCGGCUCCAUUCUAGCCUCUUUGGGUACCUUUCAACAGAUGUGGAUUUCCAAGCAAGAAUAUGAAGAAGGAGGGAAGCAGUGUGUAGAAAGAAAAUGCCCUUGAGAAAGAGUUCCCAAGCUUCUACCUUCCUUUUGUCACCUUACGUUUCAUAGCUUUAGUAUACUCAGGAAAAGAAUGACCAUCUUUUGUAGAAUGUUUAUACAUUUUUGCAUAUUUCAAUUUCCACUUAAAUUUUUUAAAGCUUUAACUGGCUCUAUAAAUUAAGUUUGUGCUUUCCUUGAAAUGCACUUAUUCUUAUUACAAGCAUUUUAUAAUUUUGUAUAAAUGACUAUUUUCUCUAAAUAUUUUGCUUUCAGUAAAAUGCUUUCCAACUCUGUUUAGUGUAUUAAUUACCAGUGGAUUGGUAGAAUUGCUUUUUAUUGACCAGUAAAAGUUACUGCCUAUUCUUUUUACCUUAGGCUUAUAGAAUCAAAUAAAAAUUAGCCAUUCCAGAAAUAUA